AUGAAUGGUUGCAAUUCUGAUUUUGAUGGAAAUGGUCUUUCCAUGGAAGUUUCAGCCAUAUAUCUUGCCAUGAAAAACUCAAAGCUGGAAUGUGUUGAUGAGCACGGUCAGGAUCCAAUGUCUUCUGACAUAUGCACAGAGGAGGAUGAGUUUGAGGAUUUUGAUGACUUUGACCCAUACUUAUUCAUAAAGACCUUACUAGACUUGUCAACAGUGGUUCCAACUUUUAGACGAUUGUUGUUACUUAAGCAGACGCGUAGUUGCCCUUCAACUACUCUUGUUCUAGACUUGGAUGCCUGUUAUGCAUGGUGA